UUCUAGUCUUAGGAGUGUCCGCUUUAAAGUGCUUCACUCAUUAAAAAUUAUAUAAGGCAGCCCUUUCCAUUUUGCUCAGAGAGAACUGGAUCUCUGCCUCCAAGUCCCCUCUUGAUCACAUCAUAUGAUACCUUCUGUAGAUGGCAAAGAUCUUAUCUGUUGCAAGGAAAGAAGGAAUACAUUUCAAGUAUAUUAAUUAGAAGUCCUGUGCUUAUUCGCACACACGCACACACAAACAUACACACACAUCAAUAGAGGUUUCAACAAGGCCAUGAUUCACAUUUAAUAAAAAAUCAAAAUUAAUAAAAAUCAAACAUAUUUAAUAAAACAAUAAAGAGAAUAAAGCAUGAUAGCAUUAUGCUAAUUUUACAUUUAUAAAGAUUUUUGUUCACAGCUUUGUGAUGCAGCAUGAGAUUUUCAAAUAAAAAUUAUUAGAACUCUAUCAAGAGUGAUUUCCAUCUAAUUAACUUAAGUAUUAAUUAUGAUGCAAUUAAACUUGUAGUUUUAAUAAAACCAGGAAAUAUGUUUACAGGAAAAACCAAAUUUAUACAUUAUGUUAGGAAAAAACUACAUAUUUUAUAUAUUUAACCAAUAUAAAUUUGAUUAAAUAAAACAAUUAUAAUGUAAUUUAUUUUAAUUCUAUGCAUAUAAAUUAUAUGUAUACAUAAAUAUUUUUAAAACCACUGUAAAUAAAACUGAAAACUAUUCAUCUAUAAUUUGUAAUUUUCAGUUUAAAAUGGCUUGUUCUUUCUAUCUCACAUUGCCUGCAUAUAACAGCUAUAAGAAGCUUUUAGGUCCCUAGAUUUGAGAAUGAUCGUUUAAUGAACCAUAUUUAAAUUGAUCCUUGAAACCUUUAUAAUAAUUAUUUAUUACUGUAAUAAUUGUACUUGAUAUAAUUAGACUAAUGGCCCAUUAAAGGCUAACAUACCAUUACAGUACAGAUUUAAUGGAUCUAAGACUUCAUCAAAUGCAUGGAUUGGAAGCUUUCAAGCUUGGUAGGCUUUUAAAUAAAUAGUUGGGAAACAACAGUAACAUUAUAGAGCAAUAAAAUCUAAUGGUAUGGUAAAGCUUAAUAUGCAUCAUUGUAGGGACCAUUCAUUAAGGUAACAACUAUUGGAAGGUUAUUUAAUAUGUAUAGACUAUAUUCAUAUGAUAUAGUUAUCCUCAAUUAACUGAAGGGUGGAUAGUUGAUUCAAUGAACCCAAAUCUCUAGGUUCUUAUGGUGCACUGAACCAUAAAAAGCAUAUGAACUGAGUUUCCACAGCCUGCUAGACUAAAGGUUGGUUAGACAGCUUAAGGUUCAACAUGCUAUAUGGAGUUCAUUAGAGUGUUUAUUUUUAAUUAUUAUUUUUUAAAUUCAUGGCACAGAAGUCUGGCCUAAGGCAUUUGGCAGCUCAUAGUGAAGGAUACAAUUGUGCUUUCCCCACUGCACAUCCAGAAAAUGAUGGGCGAGAUAAAGGAGUCCCAUUGCCGGUGCGGUUGGUGCUCCCCAGCCACGCGAGGACAGCAAGGUAGCAGUACCCAAGGACAAAAUGCAAAACAGGGUUCGUUUUGUCCUCUAGUAUCUUACAACUGCUUCCUGCACCGCCUACAGUAAAAAUAAAGGAGACAGAACUGAAAUUCUCGAUGGGUUCUUACACGCGUUAAGUUCCUCCUUCAUUCAAGGACAGUUAGUCAAAAAACGGCCGCGGAGCUGGGAAGAUGCCGAAUGGGCUCUUUUCUCGUGGUGGAUCGAAGCUGCAUUUGUUGAUUUGCACAAGGACCGGCCUGUUUGCCUGAGGGAAAAGGCGGAAGGGCACCGAUGACAGGCAGGUGAUAUCACGUCUCACAUUGGAAGGGAUGCUCGCCUCUUUAAAAGUAGUACACGUGGGUGAGCCGAUUCCAUUAGCAAACGCGCGCCUUGAAGGCUAGUGCGCUGGAAGCGGGCUGCUCGGAGAGCAUUUGCACGCAGCGGCCAAGUUGCACCGCGGCCGGAAUUUCUCUAACUGCCCGGCGCCGCGCUUCCUCGAGUUGAUGCGGAUGUUGCUGAUCGGGAGGGACGAAGGAGUCCUGCUCCUUGUCUUCUGAUCGCUGACGGACUGUUAUCUUCAGAUGGCAGACGCCCUCCAGUGUCUUCCGUCCCUCAGCUCAGCCGCAGCACGAGGCGGUGAAAAGGCGCGGCGGUAACAGCAGAGCCUCGUUUCUGCCUUUCCAGUUCCUGUGCUUUCUCUGCCCCUGGUCGGACUCCUGUUAGGCUUCUCUCUCAGAUUAGCGGCGCUACUGGGGUCGAAAGCGGCCCGGAGGAAACAUUUGCAGCUUCUCCAGCGGCCGGCUGGCUGCUCGCUCGCCGGCGGCGCCUUCUGCUUCUCUUUUGCCCCUCAGCAACAACCAGCAACUGAAAGGAGGGGCGGUCGGUGCCUCCCGAGCUGAAGCCAAGGCGCCGCCGCGGCAUGUCAGUCACGGGCAAAAGAAUCAAGGAGCGGGGAAGCGUGACCUUCACCCAGCAGCAGGAGGAGGAGGAGGAGGAGGAGGAAGAGGAGGAAGGCACCUCUGAAGAAGAGCCCCCGUUGCCGCCGCCUUCACAGCAACCCCGAGCACGUCGAGGGUGGAGGGGGGUCAAUGGCGGGCUGGAGCCUCCCCAGCACCAGGCGGUGAAAACCCAGCGAGAAAUGUCCGGUUGCUACCCGCCCCUGCCAGUGGUGGGCGAUGUUAGGUUCAUUGAUGGAAGUCCUUCUUUGAGACGAGUGACUAUGAUGAGAGAAAAGGGAAGACGACAAGCUAUCAGAGGUCCAGCUUUUAUGUUUAACGACAGGGGCACAAGCCUCACAGCUGAGGAAGAGCGUUUUCUGGAUGCUGCAGAAUAUGGGAAUAUUCCUGUGGUGCGCAAAAUGUUGGAAGAGUCAAAAACAUUAAAUGUGAACUGCGUUGACUAUAUGGGCCAAAAUGCCUUGCAGCUUGCUGUAGGCAAUGAACAUCUUGAAGUGACAGAACUUUUGUUAAAGAAAGAGAAUCUGGCACGGAUUGGAGAUGCACUGUUGCUUGCAAUCAGCAAAGGAUAUAUCCGGAUUGUGGAAGCAAUCUUGAAUCAUCCUGGAUUUGCAGCUAGCAAGCGGCUAACUCUGAGCCCUUGUGAGCAGGAACUCCAAGAUGAUGACUUUUAUUCUUAUGAUGAAGAUGGCACCCGCUUCUCCCCAGACAUCACACCCAUCAUUUUAGCUGCUCAUUGUCAGAAGUAUGAAGUGGUACACAUGCUGCUAAUAAAAGGGGCAAGAAUAGAGAGGCCCCAUGAUUAUUUCUGUAAGUGCAAUGAUUGCACUGAGAAACAGAAGAUUGAUUCUUUUAGCCAUUCUAGAUCAAGAAUAAAUGCAUACAAAGGGUUGGCCAGUCCAGCCUAUCUAUCCUUAUCUAGUGAAGAUCCAGUACUCACUGCUCUAGAACUUAGCAAUGAGCUUGCCAAACUGGCUAAUAUUGAAAAGGAAUUCAAGUAUGAUUAUCGGAAGUUGUCUAUGCAAUGCAAGGAUUUUGUUGUUGGUGUCCUUGAUCUCUGUCGGGAUUCUGAAGAGGUGGAAGCCAUUCUAAAUGGAGAUUUGGAAGCAGAGCCAGUUGAAAUUCAGAGGCAUAGAGCUUCCCUGAGUCGUGUCAAACUGGCAAUUAAAUAUGAAGUCAAAAAGUUUGUAGCCCAUCCUAACUGUCAGCAACAGCUGUUGACCAUCUGGUAUGAAAACCUUUCAGGAUUACGAGAACAGGUCAUAGCUAUCAAGUGUCUGGUUGUGCUGGUUGUUGCACUGGGCCUUCCAUUUCUUGCCACAGGAUACUGGAUCGCACCAUGUAGCAGGCUUGGGAAAAUUCUCCGGAGUCCAUUUAUGAAAUUUGUGGCACAUGCAGCCUCCUUCAUUAUUUUCUUGGGACUACUAGUAUUUAAUGCUUCAGAUAGAUUUGAAGGCAUCUCAGUAUUACCAAAUGAAACAGUUAUUGAUUACCCAAAACAGAUCUUUCGAGUUAAGACAACUCAGUUCACUUGGACAGAGAUGCUGAUCAUGAUAUGGGUGCUUGGUAUGAUGUGGUCUGAGUGUAAAGAACUCUGGCUAGAAGGACCCCGUGAAUACAUUCUGCAGCUUUGGAAUGUUCUCGAUUUUGGAAUGUUAUCUAUUUUUAUUGCUGCUUUCACAGCUAGACUGUUGGCCUUUUUACAAGCUACUAAAGCACAAAACUAUGUGGACAAAUAUAUUCAGGAGACAGAUCUCUCUGUAGUCACACUUCCACCAGAUAUAGAGUAUUUUACUUAUGCUAGAGAUAAAUGGCUCCCAUCUGAUCCACAAAUCAUAUCGGAAGGUCUUUAUGCAAUUGCUGUUGUGCUUAGUUUCUCUCGGAUUGCUUAUAUUUUACCUGCAAAUGAGAGUUUCGGACCACUGCAGAUUUCACUUGGAAGAACUGUUAAAGACAUUUUCAAGUUUAUGGUUCUUUUUAUUAUGGUAUUUCUUGCUUUUAUGAUUGGAAUGUUCAUACUGUACUCUUACUAUCUUGGAGCCAAAGUAAAUGCAGCUUUUACUACUGUUGAAGAAAGCUUUAAGACUUUAUUUUGGUCAAUAUUUGGUUUAUCAGAAGUUACAUCAGUUGUCCUCAAAUAUGAUCAUAAGUUCAUUGAAAAUAUUGGUUAUGUAUUAUAUGGAAUAUAUAAUGUAACAAUGGUUGUGGUUUUACUCAACAUGCUGAUUGCAAUGAUUAACAGCUCAUACCAAGAAAUAGAGGAUGACAGUGAUGUGGAGUGGAAAUUUGCUCGUUCCAAACUUUGGCUAUCGUACUUUGAUGAUGGAAAAACCCUACCACCCCCAUUUAGCCUUGUACCAAGUCCCAAAUCGUUCUUUUAUUUCUUCAUGAAGAUCAUUAAGUUAUUGAGGUGCAGAAGGAAAAGAUUACAGAAAGACAUGGAAAUGGGAAUAGGUAACUCAAAAUCCAGGCUAAAUCUCUUUUCUCAGUCCAACUCAAGAGUUUUUGAAUCACACAGUUUUAACAGUAUUCUCAACCAAUCUUCACGCUAUCAGCAAAUCAUGAAGAGACUUAUAAAACGUUACGUUUUGAAAGCCCAGGUAGACAAGGAAAAUGAUGAAGUCAAUGAAGGUGAAUUAAAGGAAAUUAAACAAGAUAUUUCUAGUCUUCGCUAUGAACUUUUGGAAGACAAAUCUCAAGCAACAGAGGAAUUGGCAAUUCUCAUACAUAAAUUAAGUGAAAAACUCAACCCAAAUAUUUCAAGAUGUGAAUGAUCCCAAAUGACAUUUUCAAGAUAAUUACCUGGAUUUUGACUAUAGCACAAGCAUUGGCAAUAAUAUUUCUGAGUGAUUCAUACUUGAAAAUAUGUAGAUUUUUAGUACUAAAUGACUUUAUGUACAGCUUCAUUUGAAAUAAAGUCUUAGAAAAUUUUAUGAAGUUACAUGCAAACAAUUUAAGUUUAUUUCAGGUAUAACGCAUAUUUUGCAUUUAUUUAAUACAGUACAAUUGUAUCUAAAUAAUUUUUCAUUGCUAAUACUUCUAUUAGUAAAAUGAAUAUUUGUAGGAAAUGAAAAAAAAAUAAUACUGUAGAUUGUACUGCAUGUCUGUUCCCAUCUGUGAAUGAUUUUUAUGAGAUACAAUACCAAAAGUUCAGCCAGCUCAGGAGGGCUUACUUGAAAUGAAUCAAGAGUUAAGCAUGAUCAUUUUAAAGAUAUAAGCUUUCUAAAAUUAAUGGAUUGUUUCAGGAAGUAAUUGUGCCUAGAAUAGAUCCAUUGAAAUUAGCUAGAACUGCUUUGAAUUUCACUGAUUUCAAUGAGUCCAUUGUAAUGUCUGAUCUUAUGCAUGUUUAUCUAGAAGUAGGCCAUAAAGUUUAAUAGUUUGUACUACAGAACUGAAAAUGUUUUAAGUACUUAGCCAGGGCUACUAUGAAAGUUAGUUUGGUGUAGUGAUUAAUGAUAUCAGGCUAGAAACUGGGAGACCAUAGGUUUAGUCCCACUUUAGGCACAAAGCCUGGUGAGCGAUCUUGGGCUAGUCACUUUCUCUGAGACUUAGGAAGUAAUGGCAGACGACUUCUGAAAAAACCGUGCCAAGAAAACUGCAGGGACUUGUCUAGUUUGUCUCUCUGAGAAUCAAACACACUUCAA